AUGGACGCCUCCGGCCUCAAGGCGAUUCUCACAUCCGACAAUUUUCCUCAUGCACAAGAUCUCUCACGGGCGACCUCGCCCGGCGGAGAGCCCGCCGCCGUGAAUGGCGAGGGUGAACCCGUAGCCCGAGUGCGACCUCGCACCUAUCCAUACUUCAAAUACCUUCCAUACAAGCCCGAAGAUGAAACCGAACGGAAUCAGAACCUGCGAGAGAUCUUGAAUCAGCUAUACAUCGCAGUGGAGGCCGGUGACUUCAACCCCGGGGCAGUGCAUUGGACACGCGAGCUUCGCGGCUGGCUGUCACUCAAGUUCGAUCCAACUCGGGCGGAGCGCAUAAGUCUGGUAAAACUCUACUAUGAGUUGGCACUGGCCCCUGGAAUUGAUCCCCAGGUCGCCGAGCGCUUCUCGAGCAUGUUCAUGCUUCUCACAAAGCGCAAGCAUUAUCUCAGACCCAUCAAAGAUUUGGUAUUAGAUUGGAAGCCACUCUAUAAAGAGCUCAAAGCCUUCGUUCUCCCCACCGAGUCCGGCCUCGUUCAUUCGACCAACCUGAAGAGAAAUGUCAAGACCUUGACCAAACUCUGCGCAUUUGCGCAAUUGUUUGUUGAUCCGUGUGAACUUCCCGCCAUGCUCGAGGAAUUCUUGCCGCAUUAUACCACAUCGUUUUCAGAGGGCGCCUUCGUUGUCGCAGGACUCAUUAAUUUGUUACUUCCGACAUCUCCGCCUCCCGAAUCCCGAGCAGAUCUCCUGCCUCAAAAUCAUCUCCCUACGCAGUUCCAUCUGUGGUCCUUGGUUGGUCGCUCAAAAACCUUUGACACCACCUAUUUAGAUUAUCUGUCUCGGCUUGCGCGUGACUCUCUUCCAGCCGGCCACAUCCCAUUCUCCGAAUAUGGUAUUUUCACGAAGGAUCAGUCUGGUCUCAUCUUUACGGCGAUUCUGAGGCUUCUGGAGAUUCCGGUUGGCCAAUCCACUUCGCCCUACAGCGCCCUGGUGGAUAUCUCUUCCGGUCUUGGCAUCAUGCUUGAUCGCGAUGGGCGAAAGCACCCCGUCGCUCACCACAUUGCUCGCUGGAUAGUCAUGUCAUUCUCCCCUGCGUGUGUGGACGCAGAGACUUCGGUUCUCACUCAACUAGAGGGUCUAAUCCAGGCCGUAGAAACAUUCUUCCACCCCUCCAACUCCGGUGGUUGGACUAAGACUCUGUCACAGCUGGUCUAUUAUCUGACUGACUUCUUCGUGAUGCGAUGGAAUCGCGAGAGAAGUGGAGAGUUAGACAUUCCCCCCGAGCGACGAUUGAAUGAGGCCCUGAAGCGACGAUUUGUGCUAUGCAUCCGGGAUGUGAUCUUCAUGGGCAUCUACGCCAAGAGCAGCAGUGCAAUGACCUUCUCACUUUCGACCCUGCAAGGGCUGGCCUACCUGGAGCCUAAUCUCAUUCUGCCCGGUGCUCUGCAGAGAAUCUAUCCUGCAUUGCAGGGUCUGGUGGAAGUGCAUCGAACCACCUCCUCUCUCCGGGCUAUGCAGGUGCUAUCUCGUAUCAUUGUACGCACCAGGGGAUAUCGUUGCCACAUGACAACUCUCAUGGGUCUUGCUCUGCCUGGUAUCGAUGCUAAUGAUCUGGAAAAAUCACUCCAUGCUCUCUCAUUUAUUCAGUCGGCUUGUUACAACAUCCCAAUGCAUGACCUCACCCAAGGACAGGAGGAUGUCAACUGCAACAUGCUUGCAAUGCAGUGGAUUUCAGGUGAAAUGGAGAGAAUGGAGGAGCAAGGCGCAGACUUGCAGAUGGACUAUGACACAGAGCUGGAUGACGAGACCGAGGAAAUGAUCCUACGCUCCUCGACAUGCGGCUUUGGGGAUUUCACAAUCUCUUUCCUGGGGCGUGUCUUUACACUCCUGGAGAAUCUGCCGGACGUUUCCAGGGUUCGUAAUGGGUCGCCUGAAGAAAACAUUGUGAACACACUACCCGCAACAUUCAUGCCACUGCUUGCAUCCUUGUCGCCAGAGUACUAUGACAUCGCCCUCACGAAAAUCGUGGAUUUUGUUUCCAACCACGUCAUCCACCAAGCGAGAGAUGCCAUGGCUUUCAUUUGCAACGCGCUCUGCAAGGUCAACCCCGAAAAGGCUCUCAAGCGCUUCAUCCCAGUCCUCACAUCAGCUAUCCGCACCGAGAUCGAAGAGAAUGGUGCUGGAUCGACCCGAACUACGGGCACUGAUGUCCUUCCCCGCGAUCGUGGAUUAGUCUGGAAUGUCAGCAUGCUCAGCAUGUGUGUUGUGCAUGUUGGAAGUGCCGUCAUAAACCACCGCAAAGAAUUGUUUGAUAUCGCCGUAUACAUGCAACAGAACUGCCGGGGAAUUCCAACUGUGCACAUUUCAAACUUCAUCCACCACCUUUUGCUCAACUUGACUGGGACCUACACGAACGAUUUCUCUCUGUACGAACCGUCUGUUGUUGCGAAUGGCAUUGGGCCUAAACUAUGGAGCUACCAGGCCGAUGUGAAUGAUCUUCAUAUCAAAUGGCAUGUGUCAACACGCGAGGAGGUCGAAUUUGCCGUCGACGUCUUCAAGAGCCAGACUGAGUCGGCUUUGAAGCAACUCUCUGCGCUUACCCACGAGACAUCAAGUGUCAAACGGGAUGGAAGUGGCAAGGACUGGUCAGACGAGGUGACUCGCAACCUUGUCCUCUUGCGACUCGUGCUAUCCGGCAUCUCUAUCCUUUUCGAUCCCAAGGCAGCCUCCACUACCACACAAGGCCCCUCGAACGGUGAUGUCGAUAUGACAGACGGUACAGGUGUCUCAGAUGCUACUGAUGCCGAUGCCGAUGUUGCCUUGGACAGCUCUGACGAUGCCAUAAUUCGCCAGGCAUUUACCUAUCCGACGGGCUACGCUCUCAAGGAGGGUGACCCCUUGUACAAUACUAUACACGAGCUUCGUGAACGCACCGGAUGGGUUUUGCAUGAAGUGCACCGUUUCUUGAGCGAUAAACAAGAAGAUGAUGUGCCUUGCUUCGGCGCUUUGUAUUCUGCGUUCAGAUCUUGGUUUGUUGACGUCGGCAUUGAGAGGUCCGCCCAUGUUCUUGACCGCGUAACAAGGCUGUUGGCAGCGGACAUUCAUCCUUACAAGAUGAGUGGUCUGCGGAAGCACUACCCCAGACCCUUGCUUGUACGCCGAGCCAAUGUGUAUCACCUCCAACGUCUUCGGCACAACGCUGCUCCACGCCCGCGUUCCAAGCUUGACGAAAUUCUUCUCCUUGACAUAGCCGAAUCAUGUGUCUCUCUUUACACGGAGACUCGUCGCAAUGCCCAAAAUGCAGGCGAAUCGGCACUCAAGGCAGUCUAUGGCGGAAGACUACUCGUGAUUCCUCCUCUUCUCACGGCGUUGCAAAAGGGUGUCAAGGAAAACGACCAUGCACGUAUUAAGGGUGCAUUGUUUUCCCUGCUCCUCAGCAGCGUUGCCAAAACCGUCGGGCGUCAUUGGAAGUAUGCUCCUGCACUUGUCCGAGCCUUCAUCGAUGCGAGUGCCGUUGAUAAACCUUCUGUCCAAAAGAUUUGCUCGAGCGCUGUCUUCCAGGUUAUGGAGUAUGGCCGCGCCAUGGAAAGAAUGGCCAUUCUAGACAAAGACAUUGUGGAGGCCAUUGCUCCGACUACGGACGUCAGCGAAGAAAUCCAGAAUAAGCGGGCUGUCGUGAAUAGCAAGCGUGUUGCCAUCGAAAAGAGAAAGGCUGAUCUGGCAGAGGAGCUUGUGAACCUGGCACGGGUAUCCCACUGGAAGAUCGCUAGCCGGGCUGCGACCAUUGUAAUCACAAUGGGUCUACGUUUCGACUACGUUGCUAGCGAUAACCUGAUCGAACUGAUGACUCUGGGCUCUAUUGACGACCAUCCUGGCCUGCGGGGCAUGUACUCCCAGGCUCUCAUUGCACUCUUCACUAUGAUUGAUGUGCGAGCCAUCUGCACCCACGACUACAAAAACUACAUUCUCGGACAUCAACGUUUCCCGUCGAAGAUCAAGGUCGCGACCAAGCCUGAUGAGAAGGGAUGGACUGAGGAGUAUCUGUCUAGCUUUGCGAAGCCUGAAGCAGAGUAUUACGUGGACCACGACUUCCCUGGCUGGCUCGUCUGGGGCAAGACUAUGCCAGCGUACAAGUCUAAUGUCGCUCGCGACAUUGACUACGAUGAGGUUGAGUGGAAAGUCCGCACGAAGAUGGGCAAGCUGUUCACUCGUGAUUGGUUCUCUAAAUUCUUCAUGUACUUGAAGCAGGAGCCGCGAGACCCCUCCGCCGACAAGUUCCGCAUGUCUUGUGCUAUGAUGCUCCUGUAUGCAUUCGAACUUAUGAUUCGCGAUGAGCUCACAGCUGUCUCGUUUGAGGAAAUCCAGGAAGAAAUCCAGGGUGUCUUUGAAGAUGGAAGCGACAAGCACCAGCACCGUGCCACGGCUGAGAUUCUUGGUGCUUUGAUCUCCUCUGUGGCCGAUGUAGGCGUUGAAAAACGCACCAAGAUCUGGGAAUAUGCUUUCCCUAUUGUGCGCAAGAUCUUCACUGACGGUCUCACCCCAGAGAACUCGGGGUACUGGACAACAUUCCUUCACAUGAUUUUGCAAUGUCGGGAUCCUCGCCGUGCCUGGCCCUUGGUUGAUUGGCUGUCCAGCUUCCGUCUUGACAUGUCAACCAAUGCCGCUUUCAAGGAAAGUUCCAAGAUCAACCUUUUGCACCAGUGCAUUAUUGAUUCCGGCUGGCAUUACCAGCUUGAGAAGCCUAUCGUGGAAGACUUCCUUGGCCAUCUAGACCACCCUUACAAGGGUGUUCGUGAGGCGAUGGGUCAGACACUCGCAACAAUCUAUCGUACAAGAUAUCAUGAAUCGUACCCUGAUGUUAGGCAUCUUCUGGAGGCUCAGAAAGCUUCUUCUUCUGUUGGAGACUAUCCCUAUGCCCCCAGCGAUGAAUUCUCCAAGAUGAUCCGUGGGGUGUUCAAUCAGAUUGAAGAAUGGCGCAAGGCCAGAACUCCUGGUCAACAGACUCCCUCAUCCUACACCUCAGGCAGCAAGACAGUACUUCUCUGGUUGGAUUCGACACUCUCAUCCCAUGAGUGUACACAGCUCGUUUCAUUCUUCCCCGACGUUUUCACUGCGCAGCUUCUGCACAUGAUGGACGUGAAAGAAGACCCGGAGCUUCAGUCCCUUGCAUACCACGUCUUCCGCCAUCUUCCCAACAUCCCCUACCCCGCCGAGAAGAACUCCGAAUUCAUCCAAUCUCUCAUCCGCAUUGGACAGACUUCUCCGUCAUGGCAUCAACGUUUGCGCGUGAUGAUCAACAUCCAAAUCAUCUACUUCCGUCGUCUCUUCCUGCUUGACCAAGGAGACCGCGACAAACUCUUCGAGUGCAUCGCCUCGAUGCUGGAAGAUCCUCAGCACGAAGUUCGCGCCGGUGCCUCAGCCACCCUCUCCGGCAUGAUCCGAUGCUCUCCCGUCUUCCUGCGCGACAAGAUGGUCAGCCGUUUCCAAGACCGCUUCACCAAAGCCUUGGCAGACAACCCUCUUCCCAAGAAGCCGAAGAACUUCCGUUCCGGAAUCUCUUCUGCGGUCUCGUCGAACGCCGGAACUCCCACGCCCGAGCACAACCGUCUCAUCAUCGUUCGUCACGGUGCCGUUCUCGGCCUGGGUGCCUUGAUCCAGGCUUUCCCUUACAACAGCCCUCCGCCUCACUGGAUGCCCGAGGCUCUGACUUCACUCAGUAUCCGUGCUGCCAGUGACCCUGGCAUCGUGGGUUCCAGUGUGAAGUCAAUUAUCAGUGAAUUCAAGAAGACAAGACAAGAUACUUGGCAUAUCGAUGCGAAGGCUUUCACUUCGGAUCAAUUAGAGGAUUUGUCGGGAGUGUUGUGGAAGAGUUACUUUGCUUGA